AUGGCGUCAACUGUAAAGUUUCGGGAUUUAGCUGAUAGUUCCACGUUGACAGCAUUGGCUGCUGUUGUGACAACUAACCAUCAAAAAAUUGUUAAAAAACGAAAAAGGCAGCGGAAGAAAAUGCAACAAACAAUUAUACAAUAUUUUCAAAAUAAGACAAGAUGUAUAAUUGCUAUGCUAAGUGUAGUCAACACAGCAGUUGAAAGAGAAUUUUGGAUCGAACCAACCAGAGGGCACGGAUAUUUUUGGGAACACACAAUUUCUUCGUGGACAGAAGACAGGCUUUGGGUUGAGAAUCUACGCAUGAAAAAGAGUACUUUUUAUUUUAUUUGCGAGCAGCUUUCCCCUGUGUUAAAUAAGCAGGAUACUCGAUUUAGAAUGUCAAUCCCUAUCGAGAAACGUGUGGCUAUUUGCUUGUGGCAUCUGGCAACCGGAGAAGAUCUUCGCUCCCUCGGGUGGAGAUUUGAUGUGGCAAAGAGCACAGCAUGCGAAAUCAUCAACGAAGUUUGCCAAGCAAUCGUAAGCAUUCUGCUGCCGCAAUUCGUCACAUGGCCAACGGGAGAUAAUCUACGAGCUGUUGUUGAUGGAUUUGCUUCAGAGUGGAAUUUUCCUCAAUGUGCUGGAGCAAUUGAUGGAACCCAUAUUCCUAUAACUGCACCUCCGGAGAACCCGGCAUACUAUUACAACAGAAAGGGGUUUUACUCAAUUGUUUUGCAAGCUGUGGUUGACCAUUUAUACAGGUUUACGGAUGUAUACAUCAAAUGGCCGGGAAAAGUGCAUGAUGCUCGAGUGUUGAGUAACUCUAGUCUCUACCACAAAGGUCAGAAUGGUGAACUUUUCCCAGACUGGACAGAAAAUAUUAAUGGCUGUGAUAUACCACUGUUUCUAAUUGGUGAUCCAGCGUAUCCACUGUUAUCUUGGUUGCUUAAAAGAUAUACAAAUGCUGAAGUUGUAAACAGGGAACAAUCAGCAUUUAAUUACCGGCUAAGCAGGGCGAGGAAUGUUGUAGAAGGAGCAUUUGGCAGACUAAAAGGCAGAUUCCGUUGCCUGUUAACAAGAAAUAAUACAACCUUGAAGUAUCUACCACCAAAAAUUGUGCUCAUGUUGUGUCCUUCACAAUCUCUGUGA